AUGUCUCAAAAACUUGAGGCACAGUACAUGUCUCCAGCUCAAUGCACAUUUCUUGCUGAGCUAUAUGACAGGUUCAACAAGAUCCUCAUUAACAACCAUAGCAAAUUUUUGCAGUCCAUUUAUGAGGUAUGGUUCACUUGGUGGCCUGAGUGCAAUGUCUACCCAGUUGAUCCAGAAGUAUUUUUUUUAGGAGAAGAGCAGCUCGCUUGUGCAAUAGCUUUGACACUGCCAGAUGUCUUAGAGAUUACUUGGACAUGCAUACCAUCCAAUAGAUGUUCACAUUGUCAACAAGAUCCUCCAUUUGACAGCCAUUUGACAGUGAAUCCUCAACAUAAUGGCUCCACCAAUAAAUUCUUUGCCCAAUGGCCAGUCCAUAAAGCAUACUAUCCUGAUGUUGAUGAUGAGGAUGAGCUGACUGAGAAGCAGAAGGAGCAAAUCAUGUCUUGGUAUCAGUGGCAGACAAACCCCACACAUCUUACAUGUUUGGGUGGUUCCAGAGGAGUCCUCAACAUAAAACAAACUCUCAUAGGAGGUGUGUCCAUGAAAGGUCCCCAUGCACUGAAGGAGGUUGAGGUUCACUCACAAAUGUACUAUGCCAACCAUGUCAAGCAGUCAGCUGACAAUGCAAUUGCAGAUAGUGGAAUUACCUCUUGUGGUUCUAAGCUCCACAUGUGUUAG